AAAAGCACUCCUGAUAUUUUCUUUUGAAUGAGAAAAUCAUGAUUUCGGCAAACUCCUCACAAUAGUGUUAAUAAUAAUAGUGAGUAGUUUUUAAAAUUAAGAUAAGAUCAUGAACAUGUGCCGGCUGGAUAGCUUCCAUGAGACAAAUUUAUAUUAGGAGAUUCAUCGGAUCCUCUCCUUCGUUGGAAAAUGUUAGAAUGGAGGCUCAUUUGCAAUGGUGGAAAAUGGCUGUGACGAUGAUACUGAUGGCCAGUGAAACUCCUGCAAUGGUGAAUCUUGGAAGGAAUCGGGAGAUCUCGGAUCAAAUUGAAACACUCACAUACCAGGAGAGUCAAAUUCAUCUUCAAACCGAAGGAUCCGCAUACCAGGUUAGUCAAACUCAAUCUCAAAAUGAAAUCCCCCCAUUGGUAGAUUUUGAGGUUACAAAACCCAUUGAACUUCCCAAAGAGAGGCCUUGCUCCAUCCAUGUUUUACAGUAUGAUUUUGGAUACACGUACGGAAAACCUCCAGUAAUAGUGAAGUAUAAUCCCCCAAAAUGGUGCCCUGACAAAUGGAGUAAAGUGUUUAUGGAGUGGAAGGCAACAUGUAAAGGAAGGCAGUACGAUAGAAUUGCAGGGGUAUGGUUGAGUGGCGUGGAGAUCCUCAGGACGUGCACAGCAGAACCCACAAAGACGGGAGUUGAAUGGACUAUUCUCAAGGAUAUAACCAAGUAUUCUCCACUGCUGAAGAGCCCUCAGAUUCUGGAAGUGAAGCUUGCCAAUGUAGUAGAUAAGACCUAUACCGGGGUCUAUCACGUCAAUAUAACAUUCCAUUUUUAUGAAGAGAAGGGGGAGAUGGGCUUGCAUCAUUAUGGGUAUGCAGAUUCGAUUAUCCCCAUUUCCUUGCCCUACUCACAGAGUGCGGGCGCAUGGUUCCAAAUACAAAAUGCAUCAGAUAUGCAGGGGAAGUCAUUGCGCAUACCUCCUAAUGCUUACAGGGCAGUUCUGGAGAUUUAUGUUUCAUUCCAUUCAGAUGAUGAGUUCUGGUACUCCAAUCCCCCUAAUGUGUAUAUCGAGGCUAACAAUUUGACCACUACCGCAGGUAAUGGGCCUUUUAGAGAGGUACUAGUUUUGGUAGAUGAUAUAGUGGUUGGUGCUGUCUGGCCUUUUCCUGUAGUUUAUACAGGAGGGAUUAAUCCACUAUUCUGGCGUCCUGUUUCUGGUAUCGGGUCCUUUACUCUCCCUAGCUAUGAAAUAGAAAUCACGCCAUUUUUGGGAAGAUUGUUGGAUGGAGAAGAGCACAAAUUUAGCUUGACUGUGACCAAUGCUCUCAGUGUGUGGUUUGUAGAUGCAAAUUUGCACUUGUGGCUUGAUGCAAAGAGUGCAAGAACAAGUGGAAAAUUAACUGAAUAUGAGGCUCCCCCUUUAGAGACCAAUCUUGAAUCAAACUUUAAAGGCCUCGAUGGAUCCUUUAUUACAUCUGCCCACAGGAAGAUUUCCCACUCUGGCUGGGUAGAAUCAUCUCAGGGAAAGAUAACUACUAACAUUUCACAAGAAUACAAGUACAUAAAUUCAAUGACUUUUGAAAACAAUGGAGACGCACAGACUGUGGAGCAAAGUAUAAGGGCCACAAGUGGUGCUAUACUUGAGGCCCCCACAGGGAUACUAUUAUCUGCUCAAGUUGAUAGUUCUUUUCCCACAUAUAUGUAUUAUGCUGUGGUGGACGAAGGUAAUGACACCACUCUUGAGAUAGCAAACUUUUCAAAUGGAUUCAAUAUGGAUAUCUCCAUUGUUGCCCCAACGAAUAGAUUUUUCAGCUCCUUAAAUAAUACUCAGAAUGCAGAGGGCUAUAUUUUUGUUCAGAAUAACUUAGUCAGUAGUGGGUUGGGGAGCACCCAAGAGACGUACAGGUAUCGAAGUACUGAAGGUUGCUAUUCUAGAUCUUUGAGUGUAAGCAACUAUACCUUUCUUUCAGAUCAUAUAGACACUUACUGUAGCAACACGUCCUGAUACUUUGAAGGAUAGCUUUCUUCAUAGAAAGCCUUGGCAGGCCACACAAAGAUUGGCAACAGGAUUGAACAACAUAGAGAUCACUGCAAUGUGCAUUGUCUGGUGCUUUUGGAUGGUUGCUGCCUGGCUUCCAAAAGUUACAUAUGAUGUGGUUGAGAGCGAAGAUGCUUCUGUUGAGACCGUGGAUGAUGAGAGCACUCUCACAUGGGUUUUGACUGGAUCCCUCAAGGAAAAAUUUCCGCUAUCAUUAAUUCACCCACUGUCAGGCGUGUUUGUGAAUAUGGACAAUCCCUUGCUUAAUCGAACAGUUGAUGGACUCUUCAAUAUUGGUACUGUGGGUGCUUCAAGUGUGCCAACAGAAGAGUUUUAUAGUGCUUUGAAUAAAGUUAUUAAUUGGCUGUGUCUGCUUUUUGUGUAACUGGAGGGGGGUUCUUCCAC